GCCGUGUUCCUUUUUGAACCCUCCCGUUCUUCUUGCGCGGGGCAAAAGGGCGGGAGAGAUUUAUGCAGGAAACGGCAGCAGAAAACUGGAUAGCGCGGAGAGAACGACGAAUUUUCCCUCGAUUCCGAGGGAAAAACUGUGAGAAAGUGAGAGAAAAAUGGGGGACCUGAUGGACUCACUUCCUUCAUCGGGCUCACUUGAUCUCGACAUCGUUCGCAGUCGAAUGGGAGACCUAACGGACAUUCUCAGAAGCUCCAACGAAGAGUUUGAGUUAAAUUUUUCGGAUUCUGAGAAAUUACUGCAAGAUUGCGCCCUGCAUCUUGAGAUCAAAAUUAAAGAAAUUAUAUCAGAGCACUCCUACUUCAGCUCCUCAGCAGAUGAAGAUUUGGAUGUAUGCUUGAAACAUUUGAAGGGGGAGCUUAAGGUGGUGGAGGCUGAGAAUGCUAAAAUCUCCAAUGAAAUUGAGGUUCUUAGAAUGACUUGUUUGGAAGAUUCUAAUCAAUUGGAGAGUAAUCUUGAAGGAUUGAAGUAUUCAAUUGAUUUUGUUGCAUCUCAGGGCGUGGAUAAAGCGAAAGCAGGUGCACAUGAUGAUUGCUCUUCAAAUGAAGAAGAUCCAGUGAAUUCAACCAAUGUUCCAGAUGAUCACAAGUUUGAGAUUUUGGAACUUAGUAAUCAGAUCGAGAAGAACAAAAUAACUUUGAAGUCAUUGCAGGAUCUUGAUUGUGCUUUUAAAAGGCUUGAUGCUAUGGAAAAGAUUCAGGAUACAUUGACUGGGGUAAAGGUCAUUGAAUUUGACGGAAAUAGCAUUAGACUGUCUUUGAGCACACACAUCCUUAAUUAUGAAGGUUUGUUGUGCCGACAAAAGAUUGAAGAUACCAUUGAACCAUCUGAAUUGAAUCAUGAAAUGUUAAUAGAAGUGAUGGAUGGGACCAUGCAGUUGAAGAAGGUUGAGAUUUUCCCAAAUGAUGUAUAUAUUGCUGGGAUUAUUGAUGCUGCAAAGUCUUUCAGUGCUCAAAGGACAUUAUAUAUGGAGUCAAGAUCUUCUUUGGAGUGGUUUGUAAGGAAAGUGCAAGAUAGGAUUGUUCUAAGCGCUAUAAGGAGGUUUGUGGUAAAUGUGGCAAAUAAAUCAAGGCAUUCAUUAGAGUAUUUGGAUAAGGAUGAUAUGAUAGUAGCUCAUAUGGUUGGUGGAGUUGAUGCUUUUAUAAAGUUAUCUCCUGGUUGGCCGGCAUCCAAUUCUGCAUUGAAGUUGAUAUAUCUCAAGAGCUCAGGUCAUCAAUCAAAGGGAAUUCCUUUGGAUUUUCUAUGCAAGGUUGAGGAAGCAACCAACUCCUUGGAAAUGCUCGUAAGGCAAAAUAUUUCAAGCUUUGUGGAUGCCAUUGAAGAAAUACUUAUGCAGCAAAUGCACUUACAACUUCAUUUGGAUGAUAGUCUUGGAAAAUGACUGUUUCAGCAACUCUUAUUGAUUUCAGUUCUUAGAUUUGGAUUUGUGGAGAUUUAGAAGAAACGCAAUAUAAUUUUACUGUUAUUUGUCCAAA